AUGUGGAGGCCCGGGUAUUACGUGGUCGCGUUCGAACUUGGCGUUACCGUGUGGGAAGUCUUUCCAAGGAAGGUUGCCAUAGAGGCGCUUGGUGGACUGGCGCCAGUGCUGUGUGUAUGCGUCGUGAAGGGAAGUGGCUUUGUCUGUGUGGUCAAGGAUGCAGUAGGUAGGGACUUGGUGGUUGUACUUAGUAGCGAACAUGUCGAUGUCAACGGGGCUGAAGACCUGUGCGACGUGUUUGUCAAACAGUGCGAGGUGAAGUUGGUAGUCGUCGUAGUAUGUCAGCGGCGGAGGGAUGGGGAUGUUGUGGGUAUGGGCGAUGGCUUUAGUUGUGCGGAUGGAUCGGUGGCCAAAGCGGGCAUGAUGGAUGUGGAGACUGUCAGCCUGGAAAGCAUUCAGGUUGUAGCGCCCGGCAGAUUCAUCAAGGACUUUGACGGUGGUACCAUCGUGUGUGAUAAGGCAUUGGGCGAGGCUGUCGGGAGUAGGGAUUUUGGGAAAGGAGAAAGUGUAACCGUUGCGUUGCAUAUUGCGUACAGAGAGGGUAGGCUGGCUGGCGUCGGGGAGGACGAGGGCAGGGCCGAGGCCAUUGAUGGUGCCACGGGCAGGCGCGGUGACGAAGGAGCCGCCCGCGAGCUCAAUGACGAAUUGACAAUGUUCGACGUGGAGAAGUGCGUCAGCGAAGGUGACGAUUGA